AUGCAGCAGCGCGCUCCCGCCGAGCGCUCCACAGCGGCGUCCCUGCACGCGCACGUCCUCCACCUCCACCAAUGCGGCGGCGCCGGCAACCUCCUCCGCCGCGCCCACGCCGCCGCCCUGACAUCCGGCGCGCUCGCCGCGUCCCUGCCCCUCGCGGGCGCGCUCAUCCUCUCCUACGCCGCGGUCGCCGACCUGCCCUCCUCCGGCCGCCUCCUCCUCCACCACCCGCUCCGCCUCCGCUCGGCCUUCCUCUGGAACUCGCUCUCCCGCGCGCUCUCCUCGGCCUCCCUCCCCGCCGACGCCCUGCGCGUCUACAACCUCAUGCUCCGCUCCGCCGUCAGCCCGGACGACCGCACCUUCCCCUUCGCCCUCCACGCCGCCGCGGCCGCCGCCGGCGCGCACGCGGACAAGGGCCUAGAGCUCCACGCCGCCGCGCUCCGGAGCGGCCACCUCGCCGAUGUCUUCGCGGGCAACACGCUCGUCUCUUUCUACGCCGCCUGUGGCUCCGCCCGUGAUGCGCGCAGGGCGUUCGAUGAAAUGCCCGCCCGGGACGUCGUCUCCUGGAACUCCCUCGUCUCGGCGUUCUUGGCCAACAGGAUGUUCGAUGAUGCGAGGCGGGCGUUGGUCAGUAUGAUGGGGAGCGGGGUCCCUGUGAGUGUGGCGAGCUUGGUCUCGGUCGUGCCUGCUUGUGGCGUGGAGCAGGAGCAGGGGUUUGGGUUGGCUCUACAUGGACUCGCGCUGAAAGCCGGGCUGGACUCCGUGGUCAAUCUUGGAAAUGCACUGGUUGAUAUGUACGGGAAGUUUUGUCAAGUGGAGGCAUCGAUGCAGGUGUUUGAAGUAAUGCCAGAGAGAAAUGAGGUUUCUUGGAAUUCUGCCAUAGGUUGUUUUCUUAAUUCAGGGCUUUAUGGAGAUGUGUUGGCCAUGUUUAGGGAAAUGUCAGAGCGCGGAGUCAUGCCAGGGUCUAUCACGUUAUCAAGUUUGCUACCUGCUUUGGUUGAGCUUGGUUAUUUUGAUCUGGGCAGGGAGGUACAUGGGUAUAGUAUAAAGAGAGCAAUGGACUCAGAUAUUUUCGUUGCCAAUUCACUUGUGGAUAUGUAUGCCAAACUCGGUUCUCUGGAGAAAGCCUGCACUGUCUUUGAAAAGAUUGAGGUACCCAAUGUGGUGUCAUGGAAUGCAAUGAUCGCUAAUCUUGUGCAAAAUGGAGCUGAGACUGAGGCAUUCCGUCUUGUUAUCAAGAUGCAAAAGGAUGGGGAACGGCCAAAUUCAAUAACCCUGGUGAAUGUACUUCCAGCUUGUUCAAGGAUGUCCUCUCUAAAGAUAGGGAAACAGAUCCAUGCAUGGUCGAUCCGUACAGGAUUAGUAUUUGACUUAUUCAUAUCGAAUGCUUUGAUUGAUAUGUACGCGAAGUGCGGGCAGCUGAGUUUGGCGCAAAAUAUUUUUGACUUGUCAGAGAAGGAUGAUGUGUCAUACAACGCUUUGCUUCUGGGUUAUUCUCAGAGUCCAUGGAGUUUUGAAUCUCUUAAUCUAUUUAAGGAGAUAAGGUCUGUGGGAAUUGAGUAUGAUGCUAUUUCUUUCAUGGGUGCCUUGACUGCAUGUACCAAUUUAUGUGCAUUUAAACAAGGGAAAGAAAUUCAUGGUGUUUUAGUAAGGAGAUUACAAAGUAAUCAUCCCUUUCUGGCUAAUUCACUGCUAGGUUUGUAUACUAAAGGUGGAAUGCUUGACACUGCAACAAAGAUCUUCAAUAGGAUUACAGAGAAGGAUGUUGCUUCAUGGAAUACCAUGAUCAUGGGAUACGGAAUGCACGGCCAAAUUGAUGUUGCUUUCCAUUUGUUUGAUCUGAUGAAGGAUGAUGGUGUUGACUAUGAUCAUGUGUCUUACAUCGCAGUGCUGUCGGCAUGCAGCCACGGUGGGCUUGUUGAGAAAGGAAAAGAGUACUUCAGUCAAAUGCGUGCCCAAAAUUUAGAGCCACAACAAAUGCAUUAUGCUUGCAUGGUUGAUCUUCUUGGGCGUACUGGACAACUGACUGAAUCUGUUGAACUAAUCCAAGACAUGCCUUUUCAUGCCAAUUCCGAUGUGUGGGGAGCACUGCUUGGGGCUUGCCGAAUACAUGGAAACAUUGAAGUAGCGCAAUAUGCAGCGGAACAUUUGUUUGAGUUGAAGCCAGAGCAUUCGGGUUACUAUACACUGCUGAUAAACAUGUACGCUGAGGCUGGUAGGUGGAAUGAAGCAAACAAGAUCAGGAAAUUAAUGAAAUCCAGGAAGGUACAGAAAAAUCCAGCCUAUAGCUGGGUACAGAGUGGCAACAAGCUACAAGCUUUUCUUGUGGGGAAUGGUUAGCUCUGCUGCGAUAAGUUUAAAUUGACCGGCAAUGUAACAGAUGGUGCACUUAUAUGGUGGUACGAAGUCUUCCACUAGGAAUGAAUUGUAUAUAUAGCACUAUAAUAUUGCAUGUUCACCAAAUCUGAUAAGUAUUGUCACUGUAAUAGUGAAGGAAUGCGAUGAGGAGUGCAAUGACUUUUAGAAGACCGUAGUUGUCGAUGGCUGCACUGUAUGACCUGACAAGAAUCACAUAAAGAUGAGCAAUAUUAAUUGGCACUACCACAGUCUACAUAUAUUUGCUAAUGGAAUUUAGCCUAGUGAUGGGACAGAAGAUAGAACUGAUUAUUUCUCUUCAGAGGAAAUGGCACUCAAACUCCCGGCAUACAUGGUCAUCAGGUUUAUAAAGACAUGGGUUUAACCAACACUCACUCACAUGUAUUUUUAGUUUACUCCGGUUGUAGCUUUGGUCCGAACGUGUUGAAGAUGUUGCCGAUCACACAGCUUCCACCCACUGAUAGCCACGAGGAAGGCAAGAAAUUAUCAUGGAACAAAGCAAAGAGUGACAGCCUGACAGAUUCUGCAAACUCACUAGUCCGCCUCUAGCCAGACAGACCAGAGAGUCAUCUUUGUCUUGUUUCUGUUAAUUUCCAGAUAUUGCCAAGGAGAUGGUAUAUCCAUGUGAAUUCCUUUUGUGAAGUGGGAAUGGAAGAGUGGAGUUCCAUUCGAUAGGGAUCUAUACAGGAUAAAUACUCCAGAGUCCACACUCGAGCAAUUCUUCUCAUUGCAAGGAGGCCGUUGCUAUGAUCAAAAGUAGAGAGGAGAACAAGUCAAAGUAUGCUUUUAUUACCAGAGAGAUCAAUAUCAGUUUGGGGAUGCGAUUCUUGCAUUGCUCGUAUUCGGAGCAGAAAUAGGGCUAGUCAUUCCAUUGCAAUUUUGGUAGGUUGCAUGGCCGAACAGCUGUCUGGCUAUGCUCUGGCCCAGAUGAUGUCCUGGAAAUUGUUGGAUGGGAUUGUAACACUUAAUUUUCAUCUAGAUACCACGUGUACCGUACAAACCAUUUUUAAGCUG